AUGUCAAAAAAAACAAUUGUUAAUACUACAGCCAAUCUUUUACUUCAUAUUCAUGUACGUCCAAAUGCAAAAAAUAAUGCAAUACGUGAAAUAAAUUCUAAUAAUGAACUACGUAUUGAUAUAGCUGCUGAUGCACAAGAUGGAAAAGCAAAUCAUGAAUUAAUUGAUUUUAUUAAAAGUAUUUUAAAAAUACCUUCACAUCAAUUAGAAAUUAUUCAUGGACAUAAACAACGUGAUAAAGUUUUACGUAUAUCAACAACAUUGGAUAAUCACGAUGAUUUUAUCGAACGUCUUAAAAACGAAAUCACAACCAAAUAG